AUGACCGUCAGAGCUACCAAAUUCACCCCAGAGGUCCUCCUCUCAGCACCACGACGAUCGGCAGCUGUCCCCAAUGCCACAGGUAAACUCGCUGUAUACACCCAGACAACGUACUCCUUCGAGACACACUCCAAGAGCAGCGAAAUCCGCACCAUCGACCUCGAAUCCGGCGAAACCUCAAUUGUCACAAACGACGUAAACGCCAGUAACCCACGAUGGCUGGAUGAGGGUGACUUGAUUGUGUGGCUGAAGGGAAAGGAAAAUGGGAAUACGAGUUUCGUGAUUGGCAACGCUCGAGAUCCAGGACGAUCCUAUACAGCGGGUACAGUGCCAGGACCAGUCUCUGACCUAAAAAUCACAAAGCUCGACUCGGGAAAGACGGGAUUCGUGGUUUCCGGUAAAGCGAAUCCGGAUGGAAGUUUGUACAAUCCCAAGGAUGCGAAGAAACCCCUUAGCAGUGGGAGAUAUUAUACCUCUACCUGGGUGCGGCAUUGGGAUGAGUACAUCGAGCCGCAAAAGAAUUCGCUGUGGUACGGUGUAUUGCAGAAUUCGCCGUCGGCGGUAUCGGACAAGGAGAAGAGAUACACGACGUCUGGGUUGACGAAUCUGCUCUCUGUUUCCGGUCUGACGGAUGUUGAAUCGCCUAUACCACCAUUUGGCGGAACGGAUGAUUUUGAUAUCAGCCCCAAUGCUGUUGUGUUUGUCGCAAAGGACCCCGCGGUGAAUAAGGCGACUCAUACAGCUUGUGUGUGUUACUAUUGUCCCAUGCCCUCAUGGACGGAUCUGAGCACGCGAGAAGCAAAGAUCUACCAAAUGAAGGGUCUCGAGGGUGCUAUGAGCUCGCCUGCGCUGUCGAAUGAUGGUAGCGCUAUUGUCUUUUUGGCGCAGGAGAAGGAUGGGCAUGAAGCCGACAAGAACCGUAUCAUUUUUGUGCCUAAUCCUUGGAGUGGACAAUUACUCGAGGUCUUCAAGUCGAAUGAUGGAAAAGGAGCAUGGCCCUUAAGCCCUGGCUCGGUUUCAUGGGCGAAGGAUAACAAGUCACUGCUCAUCACGGUUGAAGAGCAAGGCCGAGGAAUAUUAUAUCAACUCCCCAUCGAAGACAUCCUAGACGCGACGCCCGAUAAGCUGAAAAAGUUAACUAGCACGGGCUACGUUACUGGCGUAGCUCCGUUGUCCGUCGACACAGAACUCCUUCUUGUUUCAAGCAGCAACUUGAUAGAGAGUAGCAUUUUCACGAUUGUCGAUCCUAAUGCAAUCCAUGACGCGAAAAUCCUAUCAUCUAUCAGCCGGGGCGGAUCAUCGAUCGGUCUGUCGCGCUCUCAGGUCGACGAAAUAUGGUACAAAGGCGAAAAUGACCAACCCAUCCACGCGUUUGUUGUGAAACCAUCAAACUUUAACCCAGACGAGAAAUAUCCUUUGGCGUUUUUGGUACAUGGUGGGCCUGAGUCAGCGUGGAACGAUUCGUGGAGUACUCGAUGGAACCCGGCGGUAUUUGCCGAGCAGGGCUAUGUGGUCGUUACGCCGAAUCCAACCGGCAGUACAGGAUAUGGCCAGGACUUUACAGAUGCGAUCAUUGGAAGCUGGGGUGGUCUCCCAUAUCUGGACCUGGAGAGAGGGUUCGAUUAUAUUAGCAAGAAUCUGACAUAUGUCGACACCGACCGUGCAGUGGCGCUAGGUGCUUCGUAUGGUGGGUACAUGAUGAACUGGAUUCAGGGACAGCCGCUCGGUCGUAAAUUCAAGGCGCUGGUCACGCACGAUGGUGUUUUCAGCAUGGUAUCACAACUCGCCAGUGAAGAGCAAUACUUCCCACUCGCGGAUCUCAAGGGCCCACUGUGGAAAGUACCCGAAGAAUGGCAGAAAUGGGAUCCGUCUCGAUUCACUGCAAACUGGGCAACGCCGCAUCUGAUCAUUCACAACGAACUCGAUUACCGACUGACAAUAGCAGAAGGAUUAGCUGCGUUCAAUGUGCUGCAAAUGAAGGGUAUUGACAGUGCAUUUUUGACGUUCCCGGAUGAAAAUCAUUGGGUUUUGCAACCCGAGAAUUCGCUGGUGUGGCAUUAUGCUGUGAUUAACUGGAUCAAUAAGUAUGUGGGAUUACCUGAGCUUUCGAUGACUCAUCAUGACGGUAUCUUUGGCGCGGAUAAGAAUGUUAGGAAAAUUACGAAUGUUCCGUUGAGAUGA